AUGUAUGACACGGAAAUUCCAUCAGUCCGUUUCGACUUCGGCAAAGAUGGGAUCCACGUUAUUCAACCGAAAUCUGUGCAAUUUCCAGCUAAAUUCAUCCAUGGUACAGCUGAACGUAGAAUGUUGCCAAUUGUUUUAUGCUGGGCUUGUACAGUUCACAAAAUGCAGGGUAGUACGAUUGACCACGCUGUUGUAUACUUGGGUUCAAAGUUGUUCGCUGCCGGCCAAGCAUACGUGGCUUUAAGUGAUUAUGAGCGAGAAAUGGCCCGUCUUCAGUCCUUACGGGAUGAAAUUGAAAGUGAUGAUGAAAUUGACGAAUCUGAUGGUGACGUAACGAGCGAUAAUGUUAGCAUCGUUAGUAACUAUCCAGAUUUCGAAGAUCAGAGGUGA